AUGGAUUUGGCGUUCACGACGAUAUUUUCUGCAGUGCCAAGGGCGUUUCAUCGACAGGCUGUCGGGGAUCGACUGCCACGACACCUGAUUACCACCAGUGUACGGCGGGUUCGUGAACGGCGCACGUCGUGCUGGUGGCGGAGUCUGCGUUUGCAGGGCAGGAGCGCGAGCGGCGCCGACCCCAGCCGGCCUGCACACGCUGCCCGUGAACCCGACGAGGACAUAGACGAGAGUUUUUCGCCAGAUAUUGGAGACUCUGGGGAGUCCCCUAAUAGUCUGGAUGUGACUCGUGUGAGCGCUGCACUCUAUCGCCUCGGGGCGGUGGCCUGGUGGGCGCAACUACUGCUUUCGAUAGUUGCUGGAGGCAUUACCCUGUUUGCGGUGGCCAUUCUGCAGGGAACUCGCGGAGCUGGGACAACAACGACGACUGCCGCAUCCACUGGCCUGAUAUUUGCCGGCAUUGGCCUCGUUUUUGCGUUUAUAUCGGUGUUUUGGGCUUAUGGGUACAUCCGCCUUGCCCGGCGUCUGAUGCGCGCGGGCAAGAUGGGCUACGGCAUACGCAGCGAAAACAUCUUCCGCACGCUGCGGAUAGGUGUCUUCAUCAAUAUUUUAGGGAUGGCGCUGACGCUUAUCGGGGCGCAGAGCAUCAGUGGAGUCCUUUUAGCCAAGGCGCUGAGCCAAGGCGUGGCAGGGCCGCUACCAUUCUACGCGACCGGCAGUAUUCAGGCCGGUGGUGGUACUGUCGGCUACGUUCAAGCGCUGGAUAUUUUCGUGGUGCAAGCGAACACCAACGCGCUUUUAAGCCACUUUGUGGGCCUUUGCGUAGCGCUGUGGAUGCUGUGGCGCUUUCGAGGUUCGUACCAACGUCGCACAUCCUGA